AUGGCUUCCACUCCGAGCAGCAGCAGCAGCGCACCCGCUGCAGAAGAACCCAAACCCUCCACCACCACUGCCAACACCAAAGCAAAAAAGUCGUUCCGCUCCUUCAUCUGGGACACCGACACGCACCUGAAAAGCCAUGCAGAGCGCGUUCUGCUGCGCAAGCUAGACUGGGCGAUCUUGAGCAUCGGAUGCCUAGGCUUCUUCCUCAAGUACCUCGACCAGGGCAACCUGGCCAACGCGUACGUGUCGGGCAUGCAGGAGGACCUGCGCAUGUGGGGCAACGAGUACACGUACGCCGGCACCGCCUACACCUGCGCCUACGCCGUCAUGCAGAUCCCCUCGACCCUCGUCAUCCAGCGCAUCCGCCCUUCCUACUGGCUCGCCGCCAUGGAGGUCGCCUGGGGCGCCUUCACCUUCGCCCAGGCGGGCCUGAGGAAUUCGGCGCAGUUGUAUGUGUUCAGGUUUUUCGUGGGGUUCUUUGAGAGCUCGUUUUUUCCGUGCUUGUUGUAUGUGUUGGGGAGUUGGUAUACGAAGACGGAGCUGGCGAAGAGGGUGGCCAUUUUUCAUAUGACGGCGCCGUUGGGGAGUGCGUUUGGCGGGUAUUUGCAGGCGGCUGUGUAUAAGAAUUUGGAUGGGGUGCACGGGUUGGCGGGGUGGAGGUGGUUGUAUAUCGUGUGUGGUUGUAUGACGGUUCCUGUUGGUUUGGCCACCUUUUUCAUCCUUCCCGAUACGCCGUACACCACCCGCGCCUGGUUUUUGACGGAAGAAGAGUGCGAACUGUCAGUCGAAAGAGUCAGGAAAGCGGGAAAAGCAGCGCCAGUCAAGAUCACGUUGAAUACAUUUGUCCGUAUUCUGUCGCGGUGGAGGUGGUAUGCCUUCGUGCUCGGAUACGUGCUGUAUGGCUCGUCAUGCCAGGCCAGCAGCUACUUCGGCAUCUGGUUGAAAUCAGAACACUACUCUGUUGUCGACAGGAACAUCAUCCCGACUGGCACGAACCUCAUCUCGGCUACUUGCGUGGUGCUCUGGGGGUUCUUAUCCGACUACACUGGUAGCCGUUUCGCAUUCGUUGUGGGACCUUUGACGUACGGCCUCAUUCCCAAUGGCAUUCUGGCUUUUUGGCCAUCGAGCAUCCAAGUCAAGGAAUUUGCCUUCCUGACUUGUGGAGUGCAGUUGAUGACGGCGGUAUUUUACACGUGGGCAAAUGAAAUUUGCGCGGGAGAUAACGAAGAACGAGCGCUGGUCAUCAGCAGCAUGAACGGCAUGCAGUAUGCCGUAGCGGCUUGGCUACCCAUUGUCAUUUUCCCGCAGACCAUGGCGCCGGAUUUCCGGUACGGUUUCCCCGCAACUUUCGGAUUUGUGAUAGCCGGCAUUAUUGUUAUCAUUGGAAUUCAACUGCUGGCGCUGCAGGAGCAACGGAGGGCCAAGGCACCGUCGAGCUUGGAGCAAGGGUCGACGAAUGGGGAAGAGGCGGAAGAGACCGAAGGUGGUGUCAAGGGGGUGGUGGAGGUGCCAAAACAAUGA